AGACAUGAACCCAAUGUUAAAAUGAUUCGAAACGGGUCUUUGAAUGUAGAGCAGCGAGCUGUUGAAAUUAUCUUUGCUUCUUGGUUUGUUCCACUCCGCCCCACUUUCAAUGGGUUGCUAUGGCGACGGGAGUCAGGUGACUGUCUGCAGACAGAACAUGGCUGAUCUGUCAGAAGACCAAUGAGGGAAAGGCCAAAUUUAGCAUAAUCGAGCUUAUUUCCUACGUCGUUUCUGACCACACUGGACCGUCGUAGGAAGCAGUUGACCAGAGUUAUUCAAGAUGAGUGGGUUGCCAGAAGGAUUAGCAAAUGGCCCAAGCACAAGUGAAGCCCUAGGGAAAGAUGCUCAGAUUUGGGAAAGACCCUGGACUCUUGAAGAGAUGCGGCAGAGCAGUGCCGACUGGUCCCUGGCAGCUGACUCAGGACUCUUCCUGUUCCUGCAAGACUUCUCCCAGAGAAUGCUGUCGAAGACACAUGACAUUGAAAAGCAGUUGGACAGUCUGAUCCGUGACACCAAAGCCACAGAUAGCUGCUUGCACUCUGUCUUUAAUGACUUCCUCAUGCUUUCCAAUACACAGUUUAUUGAAAAUAGAGUGUACGAUGAAGAGGUUGAAGACACUAUUCCCAAGACUGAUGCUUUGGAGAAUCAGCCCGAGCAGGUAAAGACUCGAGAGCAGAAAGAAGCCGAGUUGAUCCCUAAGAUGCAGGAAGCAGUAAGCCACGGUCUGAGGGUGCUGGAGUCGGCCUUUGAGCAUCUUGACAUCAAAGCGGGAAACUCUGAUUCAGAGGACGAGGAGGUCACAGACCGAGGGGAUGCCAUUCUGGAGCCCAAGGAUCUUUAUGUGGAUAGACCACUUCCAUAUCUGAUUGGUUCCCAGGCCUUCAUGGAACAAGAGGAGGUUGGACUUGGGGACCUCUCCAGUGAUGAAAUGUCAGUUGACAGUGACAGAGACAGUGUAAUUGAGAGCGAAGAUGGCAAAGAAUCAGUUCAUUCAGAUGAUGACUUUAAUCAGGAGGAAGACGAAGGUCACAAAAGUAUUCGGAAGAAGUCAUCCAUGUUGAGUUAUGAGGAAGAUGAUGAUGAAGAGGAUGAGGAUUCUGACAUAUUUGCAGAAUCAGACAGGGAUGAUGAUGAUGAUGAUGACGACAAUGACAACACAAAGAACACUGGCACGUCGUCGUUUGCUGAUGAGCUCGCAGCGCGGAUCAAAGGGGAACCAGUUAGCAAACCAGAGGGAGAUCGCACGUCAUUGUCAUCUAAGAAGAAAAGUAAAAGCAGGAAAGAACCAAAGCGUGCAAAGCCACAGGCUGACGAGGACAGUGACGACAUGUUUAAGCCCCCGAAGAUGGAUGAUGAUGAUUUCUCCCCAUUUGGAGGGAAAAGUGGCCUCUUCAGUGGUGGGAAAGGCCUAUUUGACGACGAUGAGGAGGGUGAUCUUUUCUCUGAGGCUCCAAAACCUCCUACGUCCGAAGACAAAAAGGUGCUGAAUGAAAGCAUGAGAAGCACAUCUCAAACUCCAGAAUCUGACAAAUCUGGAAAGAAGAUUCCUGCAGGUGGCAUUUCAAUAUUCCCAGACGACAGCCUGUUCCGUUCAGGGGUCGACUCUGACUCACUGAAGAGCAAGGAGAACGGGACUCGAGUUCCCAAGACCAAUGCUGCCUCUACUCCGGCUCCUGCGGGGGCUGCUUUUGGUGAAGGAGCAGGUGGGCUGUUUGAUGAUGAGGACGAGGAGGAUGACUUCUUCAGCGGUAAAAGCCUGAUAAAGUCUGACUCCGCUGGCCACAGGACACCCAAGAAAGCUAUUGAUCUUUUCGAUGACGACGAUGACGAUCGUGACAUAUUCGGUGAGAAGUACGUUGCUGUGACGCCGGCACAGAGCAAGAAGGAGUUAGUGGAGGAGCAGGUUAAACCACCUGAGAAAAAGCUGCCAGCAGGCGCCAUCUCGAUGUUUGGACCCGGGACUCAAAGCUUGCUCAAUGAAGGCCUCAAGAAAUGUCCGCCGACUAGCAGCAAAGCAUCUGAGAAGUCUAUGGAGAAUGGAGUGGCUGCAGACCAUGCUAAGGCUACUGUGAAGCAGACCCAGAAGCCUCAGAUGAGAGGCCUCUUCUCAGAUGAUGAAGACGCACAGGGAUCUCCCAUUAAGAGCCAGUCUAAGCCUGAGCCUACAAGCCAGGGCCAAACCAGCAAGGCCCCUUUGUCAUUAUUUGAUGACGAGGAAGAAGAGGACCUGUUUGCAUCUGCAGCAAAAUCCAAAGCAAAACCUCAUCAGACAAAAGCUUCCACACCGCAACCCAGUAGAGCUGUGUCCAGCUCCCUCUUCAGUGAUGAUGAGGACCAGUGGGUGAGUCCUUUAAAUAGUGCGGGGAAGCCAGAAGUAAAGGCAGGAGGGAUGAGGACCAGCGUCAGCGCUCCCUCUGGUCUCACCGCUGCCAAAAUCUCUCACAAAAGCAGCCUCUUUGAUCAUGACGACGAGGACGACCUGUUUUCUCCAACGACAGGGUCAAGCCAGCGGAAACCUCAGAGAGUCGCUCUGUUGUUUGAAGAUGAGGGUGACGACGAUGCAGAUACGGGAUCCCUUUCUGGCAUCAAACCGGCACUCCACACAAACACUGCAGCCUCAGCGGCUAUAACACCGUCCGCGGCGUCUCAGUCGUCCUCCCUGUUGGAGGAGUCAGGGGAGGUUGUUGUUUCUAAGACAGCAGCCCAGCAAAAGCCUUCGCAGCAGAAGACCCCUGAGCCGCUCCCAUCGGCGCCCUCGUCAGAGAUCGGCGAAAGUAAAAAGAAGCCUGCCGGCGCCGUGAGUCUUUUCGGAGGCAUUGACGUUCUGGCCAUCAGGCAGACAAAGACUCCGUUGGAUGAUGUUGAGAACCGUGGCGGCCCCCUUUCUAAAGACUGCCUACCACUCAAUGUCAAGAAGGACGAGAAAGUCAAAACCAAUCCCGUUAGUCUGUUCGAUGAUGAAGAGGAAGAUGAAUCCGAUUGGAAUGAGCCCAUAUUCUCACCCAGUAAACCCGCAUCGAGCAACACUCAAAAGCUCACAGAGGAUCGGCCACAGACGACCAGCACAGGUGUGUUCCAGGAUGAGGAGCUGCUAUUCAGUCAGACGGAGCAGAAGGACAACGACCCAGAUGUUGAUCUGUUUGCCCCUUCGGGGAAAGCUGAGAGCUCAAAGCUCAGCUCCAAGAAGCCAGCGACAACAAGUCUGUUCGCAGAGGAUGAUGAGGACGACCUGUUCAGCUCCGUCAAGACAAAGGCUCCUGCUCCGAAAGUAGCGAAGAAGCCCAGUAGACCUGAUGACCGAGCGCCACUAGCAAGUCCUGAAGCCGUAACCGAGAUUCAGAAACCUGCACCAAACCCUGUAAAACCUAAAGAUUCCUCAUCCCGGAUUGGGAAACUUCAAGCCAAUCUGAUGAUCAACCCUGCCGCGUUGCUCCCUGGUGCUUUCCCCGGUACGUCAGCAAGUGUGCUCCCUGCCAUGGAUGCUAGUUCCCCCUCUGAGCUUUCCAACUCCAGCCUGAGCUCCAGCCCUGCCACAACUCCUACAGGAGCCCAAAUGGACCGCGAGGGAGGGUUGAAUUUCAACAACCCGGUUCAGGUUACAACGCUGCAGAGCGCCCACAAGAGUCGUGCCAAAGGUUCUGUUCAAAGGAGACCCCAGUCCAGAGCUGCGAGGCAGCAAGCAGCCCAAAGAGCUUUACUUGAUAAAGGAGUGGCCGAGGGUGGAAAUGUUCCUGGGCCCAAUCCGAGUCUGUCUGCCCCGGCCUUCCCUCCGCCGGAAAAAUCCAGCCAGACAAGAGCCGGUCCGAUAUCACCGAGCUUGGCUGAACCCGCUCGCCCGCCCGCCUCAUCGCCUUCUCAGUCAUCCCUCUCCGAAGUCUCCUCCACGGCGCCUGUACCGAAGUCCACACACAGCGGAAAGAAAGACAGCAGCGGUACCAAAGUGCUUCCGUCUGCUGCUGAGGAGGACAUCUUUGCCUCCGACGGUCUGUUUGGGGCCACAUCAGUCACUAGCACACCCUCCGCCAAGACGGCACAACCUCAGGCCAGCGGGGGGCUGGGAGUGAAGACGGACGGAGACAAAGGUAGUCUCCCAUCCAUUUUUGAUGCCAACACGGGUGACCUUUUCCAAAAGGUCAAACCGAGGUCAGCAACAAAAAAAAACACGGCCACACCCUUUAUGGAGGAAGAGGAUGACGAUGAGGACAUCUUUGGAGUGAGCAACAGCUCCACUCACACCUCCACGAGUAGUAAAGGAAUCAAAAGCAGCAGUAGUUUUACAAAGCAGGACAUCUUCCAGGAUGAAGUUUCCACGGUGCCUAAAGUUCUCAACAAGCACAAAGAGAAGACCCUUGAUGCCAGCUUGUUCGAUGACAACAUAGACAUUUUCGCUGAUCUGACGGACACUUUUAUACCAAAACAGAAGUCCAAGACAAAAGUAGAGACCAAGUCAAUAUUUGAUGAUGACAUGGAUGACAUCUUUUCAGCGAGCACAGUAAAACCAGUCAUGAAGGCUGCCCAAAAAUCACAGAAAGCCCCACGCCCUCAGGAGACCAGUACGGCUGUGGAUUCAAGCAACACAUUUGAUGAUCCACUUAAUGCUCUCGGUGGGAACUGAACUGUUGUUUCUGAUUCACAAGAUUUGUACAAUUAUGGAUUGAUUUCAGUUGCCAUUUGGGUUGCUGUAAGAUUGGAGAUCGGAUACACUGUUGAUAGAGUAUUUAUUCAUUUCAAAUCUUAUAAAUACUGGGGCUUAUUUUUGCCAGAUAUAGAUUUUCAAAUGCAAAUUAUUACAGCAUCUUCUGACAGCACUUCCAAAAUCAUCUCAGUUCAGAUCAUAUAAUGUACUGUUCAUCUUUAAUACAUAUUAGCACUUUAUCAGCAAAAGCUAUCAUAUGCUUUGCCUCAAAGCCUGUAGAAAUUAACCGUAAUUUGUUUUGAAAUGUCUAUCAUUUAGCUUUUCCAUGUUGAGAUUGUUUUUGGAUUUGCACCAUAUAGUUAUAAGAAAUGAAUGUUUUCUUAUUGUGUUAGGAAUUUGACUGUUUCUAUUAAAAAGAAAUUCACCAAUUUCUUAACUGUAGCUGUGAUGAAAAAGGAAAUUGAUUUUUAAUAACUAAACUAUUUUAUAUCUGAAAUAAGUGUGAUUAUUUCUAAGUCCGUUGUCUUCAUGUGUGUUGUUUCUUUCUGGAUUUCAAAUAUUGUUGAGUGUGUGAUUGGGGAAAGGAGCCCACUCUCGAUCAAGUUGAACAUUAUAUAUAACUUUUACACCAUUUCUGUAUUUUUGGAUGAUUGAGUUUGAGGUCUAUAUUAAAAAAGCAACAAUGAGUUUAUAAGCAU